AUGAAGCCAAAGCGAUUUCUUCUCGUCGCCCACUUGGCCACACUACUCGUAAAAGGAAUGGUGACAUACGACGGGGCCAACACCCCGUUUAGCAAAGCGCACAUUCAAAGGUGCUGCUCAGGAGGGCAACUCUUUCUUAGCAACCCACAUAUAACCAAACAGAUUAGAAGAAAAAAAAGCAUAAAAGUUCACACACAAACAGCUGACCUAGAUAUUGAGAACAAAGCAAACACGAGCAGGUUAAGCAAAAAGGACAAGAUAGCAUUCACAAAAACCAAACAAAUAGCUACCAUCGGGCCAGCAACGGAAAAAUUUGAAGAACUCGAAAAGCUCUACCUCAGCGGAAUUGAUGUCUUCAGGUUAAAUUUUUCACAUGGUUUGAAAAGCAUUAAAAAAUACAUUAUAAAUUCACUCCGAAUUAUAGAAAAAAAAUAUGAUACUUCUAUUGGCAUUUUAGGAGAUAUUCAAGGGCCAAAAAUACGAAUAGGGGAAUUUGAAAAAAGUGAAAAAAAUGCCAUGGAAAAAAAUACAUUCGUUGAAUUGAAAGAAGGAGAUGUUUUUUCCUUCGACUUGGUAGACAAACCUGGAAAUGAAAAGAGGGUGCAACUGAACUAUCCAGAGUUGUUAAAAAAUAUAAAGUGUGGACAAAUCAUAUUACUAGAUGAUGGAAACUUAAAAAUGAAGGUGACAGAAGUUCAGUUCGACGAAUCAUCAUUGCAAAAUAGCUCCCUAAAAGUAGAAGUAAUUACAGGGGGAAAACUAUACAGCAAAAAAGGCUUCUGUGUUCCUAAUAUGAUUAUGCCUAUUGAAGUUUUAAAUGAAAAAGAUAUUAAGGACAUCUUGUUUUGUAUUAAUGAAGGGGUAGACUUUUUAGGUUAUUCCUUUGUUCAAACAAAGUAUGAUUUAAUUUUUUUAAAAAGCAUUAUCAAGGAUUAUUACGAUAGCGAUUUUUUUCAAAACAAGGUAAAAAAGGAUAGACUUAUUUACGACGAAAAUAUGCUUCAAAUGAAGGAAUACGAUGAUCCCAACGACUUUUACAUAAAAGAGGUAAAUGAUUACUACCAACAUUAUUACUUGAAGAAUUAUCAAAAGUAUAAACAGAUUUACGAUGUGUACAAAAAUCAAGACUUGCAGGUAGAUAAUGAAAAAACGGAAAAUGACCUUGAAAACUCUGGCGCAGGUCAAAAUACAGCCUACGAUGGUGAUACGCAAAUUACGCAUAUUAAAGCUGAAACUGAUCGUUCCAUACCAAGUGACCAUGCUAAUAGAAUAUUUAUUGUGUCAAAAAUUGAAAAACCCUCUGCUGUGAAAAAUAUAGAAAGCAUUAUUAACCUUUCCGACGCCAUCAUGAUUGCCAGAGGAGACCUCGGAAUUGAAACCAACUUGUCCAAUUUACCAAUUUUACAAAAAAAAUUAAUCAAUUUGUGCAGAAUCAAAUAUAACAAACCCGUCAUUGUAGCAACACAGAUGAUGGAAAGUAUGAGAUUCCUGCCCUCACCCACCAGAGCAGAAGUGGCGGAUGUUGCAACUGCUCUCUACGAUGGAUCCGACUGCGUUAUGCUCUCAGCGGAAACAGCCACAGGACAAUACCCCAUCCUCACGGCCUCCACACAAAACAGCAUAAUUAAGGACGUAGAAAAUGAUUACUACUAUUACGACUACACACAAAGGAAAAAUAAUAAUCUCGUCAAGUGUGCACAUACCAUGAGUCCACCGCCUACCAACGAAAAUUCCCACUUUGAGAAACUUAUUUACAGCAUAAGGGACAUAAGCAAUAACAUAAAUUUGAAGUCCAUCAUUUUAUUUUCGAAUGAAUUUCAUAAAAUCCAAAAGCUUAGCAAUUUGAGAACAAAGGCACCCAUCAUUGUCAUCACAGAAAAUGUUGCCUUAGCUAGAAAGCUGCAACUCACUUGGGGAGUCUACCCGUACAUCACAAAAUUAACCGACUGUCACAACCAGGACUUGUUAACCCUCAUUAAUUAUGGGUGUAAGGUUUCCAAGGAGGAGGGAUUCGUCACACAGCCAGAAGAAUAUUCCCUCGUCACUUUUACAAAAAAUAUUAAUAACUCAUCUAAUUUGCUUUACCUGUGCCAACCGUGUUUGACCACAUAA